UAAAAGCUGUGUGUUCUACACUUAGAUGUCCUAUUACUCCUGCUGCCCAGCUUCGUCCACUGCCAGACAUCCCUGCAGAGAAGCAGAAAAUCUUUGAGAGGUAGAACAAGAAGUGUGAUUCGAAAAAGAAGCCAUCAUGAGUCACUCAACGAGCCGCACUUCCUACCGCCGCACUUUUGGUGGACCUACUACCAUGUCUGCCAUGCCCUCCUAUUCCUCGUAUUCAUCCCGUUACCUGGGCCCAGCUCCAGCUGCCAUGUCAACACGGACUUUCCGGGUCCGCUCCAGUGCUCCGGCUCCAUCAGUUCCUCGCCUCUCCUAUGAAAAAGUGGACUUCUCCCUGGCUGAUAGCAUCAACCAGGAGUUCCUUAGCAUGCGUAGCAAUGAGAAGCAAGAGCUGCAGGAGCUGAAUGACCGCUUUGCAAGCUUCAUCGAGAAGGUACGCUACCUGGAGCAGCAGAACUCUGCGCUCACCCAUGAGCUCAACCAGUACAAGGGCAAACAGCAGCAUGGCCAUCCGAACCGCGCCAGCCAGCUCUGCCAGCAGGAGAUGAGGGAGCUGCGCCAACAGGUUGAACUCAUUGGGAAGGAGCGAGAUCAGAUCCAGGUGGACAGAGAUAACAUGGCUGAAGAUCUGGCUUUGCUUAAGCAGAGGUUGGAUGAGGAGGCUCAGAAAAGACAAGAUGCUGAGAACCAACUGGUCCUGUUCCGAAAGGAUGUGGAUGAUGCCACUGUGUCCCGUUUAGAGCUGGAGCGCAAAAUCGAGUCUCUGAUGGAUGAGAUUGAAUUCCUCAAGAAACUGCAUGAUGAGGAAAUUCAGGAAGUGCAAGUGAGUUAUGAAACCCAGCAGAUGAAGAUGGAGGUAGAGGCCACAGUCCGUCCUGAUCUGACUGCAGCUCUGAGAGACAUCAGGACUCAAUAUGAAAGCAUUGCAACAAAGAACAUGCAGGAGUCCGAGGAAUGGUACAAGUCCAAGUUUACUGACCUGACCGACUCUGCCAAGCGUAAUGCUGAUGCCAUGAGACAGGCCAAGCAGGAGACCAACGAGUUCAGGAGGCAGAUUCAGAGCCUCAACUGUGAGGUUGAUGCUCUUAAGAGCACGAAUGAGGCUCUGCUGAGGCAGAUGAGAGAAUUGGAGGACCAGUUUGGAGUCGAGGCUGGAAAUUACCAGGACAACAUCAACCGUCUGGAGGACGAGAUUCGCCACCUGAAGGACGAAAUGUCUCGUCACCUGAGGGAAUAUCAGGACUUGCUUAAUGUCAAGAUGGCCCUGGACAUUGAGAUUGCCACUUACAGAAAGUUACUUGAAGGAGAGGAAAGCAGAAUUGCCGUUCCUGUCAUGAACGUUACAUCAAUCAGUAUGCGCAGUAGUGAUUAUGACCUCCCUGCUGAUGUUGGAUAUGGUAAAAAAGUUGUGAUCAAAACGGUUGAGACCCGUGAUGGAGAGGUGGUGAAGGAGUCCAGGAAGGAGAAGGACACCCCACGAGAUUCCAAGGAAUCUGACUGAGAUGUUCAAGAACCGAUAAUCCAAGAAUGGGCAGGCUGGAAUGAGACAUCAACAAAAUAUAAAGAAUACAAUUUAAAAAUUGCUUAAGCAUUCAAUAUGAUAUUCACUACUGAUGGAAACAAUAAUAGUGCAUAGAAAAUAUUGGCAUUCAUUUUUACUUAAUACUGUGAUUCUGAAUGGGGUGCAUACAAUCACUGCACAGUGGUGCUAACAACUUAGCCUUAACCAUAACAUUUAGUCACAGAUGCUUUAUGUAUCUUCUCCAUUUAAACAGUUCAAAAUAUAACCAGACAAUACUCAUAUACUGAUAAAAAGCAUGGUCUAAGACCAAACAAUGUCACCUUUUAAACACCACUGGUGGCCUUCAUUUACAGCAAAACUUUUCUACAUCUUUCAUGCAUGCGUAAAUUACACCCAUAGCAAGGUGUGAAAAAUCCAAUUAUUCUGCUUUCUCUGCAUUUAAUCUUCUGUAGUGUAACAUUAUCUGUAGUCAUAAUUUGGUGGUAUUAUUUAUGUAAUGUAAGCACUUUUGGCCUCACCUGGCAGCUUUAAAAAGAAUGAUAUAGGACACAAAAUCCAGGAGUCUCACCCCAUUCACUUUAGUCUGAUCAGUUCAAUGGGAUUACUGCAGCCUUGCUGAGAAUGAAAAAAGCAAAUGAUUAGGGGAAAUAAAGCCAAGUGAAACAAAAA